AUGGGGGCUGAUCAGGUAGAAGGGGAAAAGGAUAGUGAGACCGGAGGAUUUGUCAACAUGAAGCGGGUAGAGAGAGAUUACUUCUGUGAUAGGCUUGCCAUCCAAGGCAACAGAUUGAAGCUCCUUCUUGAGAGUUUGAACGAAGAAGCCCGUGCACAUUAUCUUGUGAAAGAAUUUAGCAAGGCAGUUCUUGUAAUGGAAAACCACAAGAAGAGGUAUAAAUGUGACCGCUCCAGCUUUGCCGCUCUCCGAAAGUACUGGUGA